AUUUUUCGUUCAUCGAUUAGUCGAGUCUGACCCAUAUAGGAAUCUCGCUCCUUUAACACCGGAAGUGAGGAGGGAACGCAGCUUUCAAGAUGGUGGCCACCAGGAGAGGAGUACGCGUGUACUCCCCAACUAAAACAAACCCAGAUCAGCCCCCUGAUGUUCAGGCCACUCCUUCCGCUGGUCGAAGAACCAGGAGUGCUGCCAAACAAGCAGGGAGCCCUACCCACGAUGGCCAGGUGUUGGCCUGCAGCCAGAGUGAGAACAGUGACCGAAGUCCUCCAGAAUGUCCUCUGACCUCCAGAGGAAGGAGAUGCGCCAGAGUAUCCAGACUCCACAGUCCAGAGCCCUCCACACCGGUGGGCUCCACCCACGAAUGCAACAUAUCCGACAUGGAGUCGGCCUGCUCUAUAGUGUCCGACAACGAAGUGCCGUUAACAAGCACCAGGGGGAGGAGGAGGCAGCCACGCACCGUAAAUCGUGAAGAUGAGGAGACAUCUGAGGUGGAGUCGUGCUCUUCUGUGGUAUCUGCGUCAAAGCCUGUCCGAAGCAGCCGCCGGAGCACGAGAAGGAAGACAGUUCCUGAAAGUCCAGCUCAGGAUGUCAAAGAAGACGUGGUGCGGGACACGGAGUCCUGCAGCUCCGUGGUGUCUGAAUCCCAUAGAGUCACUAGAAGCCAGAGAAAAACUACUCGCACCAGAUCGUCUUCCAAACAACAAACCGAGGACUCGGAGAUCUCGGACGUUGACAGCUGCGUUUCCAGUGUCUCAGGAGUUGAAACUUUAAAGUCUGCUACACGAAGAUCUACGAGAGCCCGAAAGCCAACACGUCCUAUUCCCAUGUAUCUGGAAGAGUUGUCGGAAAGCUCAGAGUCUCCUUCCCAGACAGGUCGACGGACUAGGUCAGCAAGAGGGAAGGCAGCAGUGGAUUCAGACUCUGAGGUGCAUUCUCCAGUGGGCAGCCCCUGCUCCACACAAAGCAGAGGGACCCCCUGCAGCAGCCGCACAGGCUCAGGGAACAGCAGCAGAGGAGCUCGGGCCUCCAGGCGCUCACUCAAAGAGUUUAGUGUCGUUGUAGAGCGAGCUGAGGACAAUUCGCUAGAUGACUCUAGGUUAGAAAACACAGUGAUCGAGGAUGCAGACUGCACACUGGUGGAGGAAGAUAUCACAUCCAGUGAAGGCGGUGCAAAAGAAGAGAAGAUAAAUAUCAUCUCUGAAGUUUGCCAUGUCUCCCCCUCAUUAUCAGAAGCUGUUAGUCAUCCUGCAGUGAGGGUCAGAGACCAGCAGGAGGAGCCGUCCGCUGAAAGGAGAGACGAGGACACUCCACAGAUGGAAAUGAUGCAGGAAACGGAGCCGGUAAAGCCUUGCCCAUCAGUGAAAGUCACAGUAUGUGAGAGGGCCUCUGAAAUCACUGAAGAGGCUGAAAAGAAGCACGAAGUUAUGGACGCAGCUCAUGUGGACGCCCACGCAUCACAGACUGGUCAGCCUCUGGAUGAGGAUGAUGAGGACAAAAUGGAAGUUAGCACAGUGAAUACAGAUGCUGAGGUUGAGUCCAUUCAGGUAACGUCGAGCCGGCAGCUCAAGAUCACUGUAGAUUUUGAGCCUGAACCGCAGAUUAAAGACGUCACUGUCCAGAAGACAAAGACAAUCAGCCUGCUGGACAGCAGUGAUGACGACGAUGAGGAGGAGGAGGAGGAGGAGGAGGAGAGGGAAGUUUCUGAAGAUGAGGGUUUGGGGUACAGGAAGGAGGAGAGGGGCGAACCUUCCAACAGGUCAGACGAAGCAGCCGCAUCAGUUGAAGGGCUGUUUGUGAUUGACACGAGGCCCGGACAAGAUGCUGAUGAACAUUACCUCAGAGAGGGGCGAAGCGCGGAGGAGGCCACGACGUCCGCCAAAGAAGCCGAGGGGGAGGAGGACGAUGAGGAGUUUGUAGACGAGGAGGGGGACGACGAUGACGACGACGAAGGUUCAUCACUGCUGUUUUCCAGUAGAGAUCCUCAUUUGAAAGAGUUGUCCAGCCGUAUUGACCCUGGCAUCAGAGUGAAGGAGCUCGGGGGCUUAUACAUCAGUUUUGAUGGCAGCAAAUCAAAUCCUGCCUCCAGUUCACUGCAGAAACUAAAGGAAAAGAAGAUCCAAGAUGAGGUGAUGAAGAAAAGUGUUAUUGGACCAGACUUUGCGAAGAAGGAUGCGGUGCCUCCAUACAGUGAAUCCAAGCAAGCUUUAAAGUUGAAACACAGAGCAGAGAAGGCGAAAUCAACAGGAGAUGGGUGGUUUAACAUGAAGGCCCCUGAGCUCACCCAGGAGCUGAAAGGGGACCUCCAAGUCCUGAAGAUGAGAGGGUCUUUGGAUCCCAAGAGAUUCUACAAGAAGAAUGACAGAGAUGGCUUUCCCAAAUACUUUCAGGUUGGUACAGUGGUGGACAGCCCGGUCGACUUCUAUCAUUCCCGUAUUCCCAAGAAGGAGAGGAAGAGAACGAUGAUGGAGGAGCUGCUGCAGGAUGCUGAGUUCAGGCAUAAAAACAAAAAGCGGUACCAGCAGAUCAUGGCAGAGAAAGCAGCACAAGCAGCCGGCAAGAGGAACAAGAUGAAGAGUAAAUUCCACAAGAAGUGAAUCUGAAGACUUGAUGAACACUGACUCUUUUUAUAAAUACUAAUAUUCAGUUGUUGAACAUCGUGGCUUCUAAAGAGGAAAUUAAAUAUGAUGAACAUGCUUCUAUUAAUUACUUAAACACAAUUCCACUGAAUAAUGUAGUUUCUUUAAAGAUUUGCUGUACAAUAAUCCCUCACUCUAAAAGGACAUGGCAUCAGAUGAUAAUUAAAAUAUUUUUGAGUGAC